UGGAUAACAACCGAUGUCGCCGCCCUGCAUCGCCCCGAGCGAGUUUUAAUCAGCCUCAAAACAAGAAAUCCUGGACCAUGGCGUUCAGGAAGGCUCUGAAACGGACGGCGAUCAUUGGCGGAGGGGCGGUCGCCGCGGUCUUCGGCCUGUCGCAGCUGAUCGAGUACAAGAAGACGCAGCAUGGAUUGGCUCGGCUGGCGCACGUGGCAGCAGAAGCAGAGCUGAAGGUUCCCUUUGCGGACGAGCUUCCCUCUCGGCAGGCCCAGCUCGCGUUACUGCGAAACACAGAGGAGUUUGACGUCCUGGUUGUCGGAGGAGGAGCCACGGGUGCAGGAUGUGCCUUAGACGCUGUCACGCGCAACCUAAAGACUGCUCUCGUAGAGAGAAGCGACUUCUCCUCGGGGACGAGCAGUCGGAGCACCAAGCUAAUCCACGGUGGAGUGCGUUAUCUCCAGAAGGCCAUCAUGCAGUUAGACUACGAACAGUACAUGAUGGUGAAAGAGGCGCUGCACGAGCGAGCCAACCUCCUGGAGAUUGCACCUCACCUUUCUGCCCCGCUACCCAUCAUGCUUCCUGUUUACAAAUGGUGGCAGUUGCCUUACUACUGGGCCGGGAUUAAGAUGUACGACUUGGUGGCCGGGAUCCACAAUCUGAAAAGCAGCUACGUCCUCAGUAAGUCGAAGGCCCUGGAGCUUUUCCCCAUGCUGAAGAAAGACAAGCUGGUCGGAGCCAUCGUCUACUACGACGGUCAGCACAAUGACGCCCGAAUGAAUCUGGCCAUCACCCUCACUGCUGCUCGCUAUGGCGCCGCCGUCUCCAACUACACUGAGGUGGUCCACCUGCUGAAGACAAAAGACGCACAGACCGGGAAGGAGAAGGUGUGUGGCGCCCGCUGCAGAGACGUCCUCACAGGACAGGAGUUUGAUGUAAAAGCCAAGUGUGUGAUCAACGCCACGGGACCGUUCACAGACUCCCUGAGGAAGAUGGACAACCAGGAAACCCAAAACAUCUGCCAGCCGAGCGCCGGCGUUCACAUCGUCAUCCCCGGCUACUACAGCCCUGACAACAUGGGUCUGCUGGAUCCGGCUACAAGUGACGGACGUGUCAUCUUCUUUCUGCCCUGGGAGAAGAUGACCAUCGCCGGGACGACCGACUCGCCCACCAACGUGACGGCACACCCCAUCCCAGGGGAGGACGACAUCAACUUCAUCCUGAGGGAGGUCCGAAACUACCUCAGCCCUGACGUAGAAGUGCGCCGAGGAGACGUGCUGGCGGCGUGGAGCGGCAUCCGUCCCCUGGUCACUGACCCCAGCUCCAAAGACACUCAGUCCAUCUGCAGAAACCACAUCGUGAGCAUCAGCGACAGCGGACUGGUCACCAUCGCCGGUGGGAAGUGGACGACCUACAGGUCCAUGGCUGAAGAGACUCUGGAUGCAGCUGUCACUUCCCACAGCCUCUCAGCCGAGUCCUGCAAGACCACGGGCCUGAUGCUGGAGGGAGCCAAAGGCUGGACGCCGACCCUCUACAUCCGCCUGGUGCAGGAUUAUGGGCUGGAGAACGAGGUCGCUCAGCACCUGGCCUCCACAUACGGAGGGAAGGCGUACGAUGUGGCGAAGAUGGCUCAGGUCACCGGGCAAAGAUGGCCCAUCGUUGGGAAACGAUUGGUGUCCGAGUUCCCUUACAUCGAGAGCGAGGUGCUGUAUGCGAUAAAGGAGUACGCUUGCACAGCCACCGACGUCAUCGCCCGACGAACGCGCCUUGGCUUCUUGAACGUGCAGGCGGCCGAUGAAGCCCUCCCACGUAUUGUGGAGAUCAUGGGGAAGGAGCUGGAGUGGAGUGAGGAGAGGAAGACGGCCGAGCUCGAAGCAGCACGGAAGUUUCUGUACCUUGAGAUGGGCUACCGGUCUCGCUCCGAACAGCUGACAAAGACAUCUGAGAUCAACCUGGACAACCAGGAAAUAGCCAGGUACAAGAAGCGUUUUCACAAGUUUGACAAAGAGAGCAAAGGAUUCAUCACCACUGUCGACGUCCAGCAGGUUUUGGAAAGCAUCAAUGUCCAAAUUGAUGAAAAUGCGCUUCAUGAAAUCCUUAAUGAGGUGGACCUCAACAAGAACGGACAAGUGGAAAUUGAUGAGUUCAUGCAGCUGAUGAGCGCGGUGAAGAAGGGUCAAGUGUCGGACAGCCGUCUGGCCAUACUGAUGAAAACGGCGGAGGAAACUCUGAAUAAGAGAGGGCCGGUGACGGUGGACCGGAGCGGGGGUGGAGUCUGAGCCCGAGGGUGCCAAGAAAAAAAAUUAAGCUACAGGUCCUUUUUUUAAAAAAGGUGGUGAUGACAAAAGGGUUCUCAUGCAAAUGGCGCUAUUUGAAUGACAAUAAUGCAAUCAAGCACACGGCGGGAUGAAUUUGGCCAAAUCAAGCAUCACUCCCGAGUGUGUUUUGAGUGAAAUAGUAUCUAAUGAUCGAGGCUUGUUUUUCAUGAAGAGUAGAUCUGUCUGUUUUCUCAACAUCUGGUGCCUCUGAUAUUACACAGCACAUCUGUUUUAUACUGUCUUCUAAACUUUGAUAUUUUAAUCAUUUACGUUAUCUUUGUACUUCUCCAACACUCCUUUUUAAACUUCAUUUUUUAACAUUAUCGACACUGAUUGUUGGUUGAACAAACCGCAAUUCAAUGCAGCUUUUUCAUGUGGCAACUGAGCAUUUGUGCUUUAUUUUAAGGGUUCAUUAUUAAUAAUCCUGGAAAUAAUUGUAACCUGUUAUAAAGUACAGGAAAAAUACAGGCAGUGAUUAUAUGUUUACAGGCAUUAUCAUAAAUUAAAAAAAAUAAAGUUUCAAUAAAUAAGUGACAGAUAAAUAAAUAUUUACUUGACUUAAUUGACCCUAUUUUACCUGUGAUCAGUAACAAAUAAGCAAUUAUUUCUAGGAAACUGUGGACCCCUAAAAUAAAGGCAUACUGAGCAUUUUCAUGUAUUUUCUCAGAUUUGAUAAUGUUACAAGCACUCGUCAGAAAAUAUUUAAUAUUUAAUGAAGCACUCUGAGAUUUUUCUGAAGUACUUCUAGUCCUGCUGAUCUGAGAUAAGUGUGAGAGGAAACUUACAUCUUCUUGCCUAACGUGUUUUUUUCCAUUUGUUGCACAAACUGCAAACUGCAACACUGUGGAAGCCCAUUUCUGCCAGUGCGAUGGAAAAAAUACGAUUUUUUUCUUGAUAUAAUAACAUUGUAUCUCAAAGAAAUUAUACAAUUUCGAUUAAAAAAAAAAAUCUUAAUAUGACAGAGUACCUCAAAAGAAUGACUUAGUAUCCUAACGUAAUGAGACCUUAUUUCAAAAUAUUAAUUAGCUAUAAAAUAACAUAAUAUCCCAAAUUUAGUUCAAACAAUACUAUCUCAAAAUAAUUAGACUUAGAGAAAUUUCCCCCAAAAUACUGAGUGUAUAAAAAAGACUUAUCUCAAAAUAAUGAUUUUGUAUCUCAAAAUAUUAAAUUUAAAAAAAAUAAUAAGAAGAAGAAUGAGCUAAGAUGACUUAGUAUCUCCAAAUAAUAAACUAGUUUCUCAAAAUAAUGGCUUAUUUAUCUCAUACUAAUGAUAAAAAAAAUAUUUCCUUUAAUAAGGAAAAUGCUAAUAAUGACUACCUCAAUAUUUUAAGAUACUAAGACACGCUGAGCUGGCUCAGUAUCUCAUAAUGACAAGAAAGUCUAAAAAAAACAGGAUUCAAUAUUUAAAAAUUAAUUUGGUGUCUUAAAUUAAUUAUCAUUUUGAGAUACUAAAUCAUUACUUUUAGAAAGUAUCUCAUUAUUUCAAGAAAGUUUGUCGUUAUAAGGACUCACAGGAUCGUUUCUGUUUUGGCAGCAUUGGGCUUCCAUAACUUCCAACACUGACGUUUACACUGAAAGGUUAAAAAACAAAAACGAAGAAGCUGCUUUUUAAUCUGUUCGUCACCUCAAUAUUUUUCAUUAUUCAUUCCUUUUUUUCUUCUCAUGUCUCUGCAGCCAUUUAUAACCAGAACAAACAUUUACAGAGAUUUAAAUAUGUUGCAUGAGAACAUCAGGAUUUCAAAGACACUUAUUUUUAUUUGCAUGCUAGAUGUUAAACUCUGUUUCUCUAAUAAUGUAAAGCAAAAUCUUUAUUUUUUAAAAUUUUGAGGCUAUUUCAUUUCUUGUGCUUGUGAGCAGAGAGAAGGUUUAUAUAUAUAAAUAAUCCUGCAUGCUUUUAGCUGAUGCUUUUAUUGUUUAUGUGACUCAAAAUAGGACAGUUUUAAUAGAGUGCAGACAUCACGCCGGAGUAGGUUUUAUCUUUUUGUGAUUUUUGAGGAGAGGAAGAGGCAGCACACUGUGUGAAUGUAUGAUACGUGCCUUGCUGUGCCUGAGAUACGACUCUCUUUUUCACAAUGCCACACUUCAUGUUAAACAAAUACACAAAAUCAUGUUCAAGAAUGUAAAGAUAUUUAAAUACAAGUUGUUAUAUAAACAGUA